CGUCCGCCGCGGCCCGCCAGUGUCAGUAUCCUCGCACCGAUGCUGUGGGAGUCCUGAGAGUGGUCCGGGAUCCUGCGAUCAGCCUUGCGUCCUGAGCGUAGCCGCGUUUACGAGUCGCGUGCGCCCAAUGUGAAUGAGUGUGCGACGUUACGUUUUUGCGGACGCGACACCGUGCCCAGAGCUUUCAUGAAUUGGUUCGGCGGACUGUUUCGGUACGCGGCCGUGUACGUACGUGUUUGUGGUGUUUUGCAUGUGUCCAAUUUGUGAACGAUUAUCGGUCGCUGAUUACUUUUUCGGAUCCGCAUUUUAGCAAUGAAGACGCAGAAGAUGAAGAGCUCAAAGUUCACCCAGGUGAACAGUCCUAACGACAACGAAUUCAGGGACUACCAGAACGUAAUGACGGUGCUGCCCGACGACGGCAACCAGAACGUCGAGCGCAACCCCUACGUCGACACCCAUUGUCACGUCGUGACCAACAGUUCCGAGCUCCUCCUGAAGGGCACCUACGAACCCUACAUGCCCCCGGAACCGCUGCAAGAGAUGCACCCGAGCCCGGAGCGGAACGCCAACCGCUUCAAGGCCGCCCAAGAGAUCGAGAUGAUGUGCAACUGCGUCGGCAAGGAGAUCGUCUUCCAGCCGAAGACCCGGUUCGUGGAACAGUGCAACAGUGAUUCGGUAGUGAUGAACCGUUCGUUCGCGUCGCUCCCCAAACUAGCCACCACUAACUUGAGUCAGUUCAGUUUGGACAGGAAAACGGGAAAGUACCACCAGAGGCAGAAGCACGCCUACACCUGCGAGCAAAGUCAGAAGAUGAUGAUGGACAAGACGGCGUCUCUCAGGAAGAUGCAGUCGCCCGAGAUCAUCAACAUACAUCGUGGACCGCCUAAUGUUUUUUAUCCGGGUUACGGGCCGGAAAAUUGUGUGAUGAAAGCCUGCGGCGAUGAGUACGGGUUCAGAAGGGGGCACAGUAUCAGAGCUACCGGAUCUAGAUCGGAGGCGAUGCAGGCGCACCAGACGCGUCGCGCCGCCGGCGACGGCAUGGACGCGGAAAUGGACGAUCCGGAGUUGAUGUUCGAGAUGACCGAACACCUGGGCGAUUGCCAAUGUGCCUGCGAUCACGUUGUCUACAGUCCCAACUACACCACUUGCAUACAGAUACGUGACUUUAUUAACUAA